ACAGUGAUAUGAAGAAGGUAAAACUGUGACAGUGGGAAUUAAACAUAAAAAUAGCUCCGGUGACGACAGGAAUAUCUAACCUUAUGCCCUCAGCUACCGGAACUGUGAAGCAAAAUAGAUAAAGUACUUUGGAUUUGUGUGGAUGAUAUUACGUCAAACAUCCUUCCAGAAGAACUACAUAAUUGAAGUCCUCUUUGAAAGUAGUAGAAUAGAUUAAAACAUGCAAUGAAGUUCCCAAGAAAUAUUCAGUCGCUGUUGCUGCAAGAAAAGGUGUGCGCUUUCAGAGAAUUUCAGAAGAAUGCACAAAUCAUAGAAGGAGGAACUAACCCUAUAGGGCAGCAGAAGGGUGGGGCGACUAUGCCCAGUAAUGAAGAAUGUGGGAUCCGAGAUGUUUGGGGUCAUAAUCUCGAAGAAGAAUUUCGAACAAUUCGGCAAGUCGUACAACAGUAUCAAUAUAUUGCAAUGGACACUGAAUUUCCUGGAGUAGUUGCUAGGCCCAUUGGUGAAUUCAGAACUAGUGCUGAUUAUCAGUAUCAGUUAUUACGAUGUAAUGUAGAUCUCUUACGAAUAAUUCAACUCGGUCUUACAUUUCUCGACGAAUCGGGAAAUACACCUGGUGGUAGUUAUACGACAUGGCAAUUUAAUUUCAAAUUUAAUUUACAAGAAGAUAUGUAUGCACAAGAUAGUAUAGAUAUGUUGCAAAACAGUGGUAUACAAUUCAAAAAACACGAAGAAGAAGGCAUUGAUCCAUUAGAUUUUGCUGAACUAUUAAUGACAUCGGGAAUUGUUCUUGUUGACGACAUAAAAUGGUUAUCCUUUCAUUCUGGUUACGACUUUGGCUAUCUAUUAAAACUUCUUACAGACCAAAAUUUACCGCAGGAAGAAAGUGAAUUUUUCGAACUUCUUAGGAUAUAUUUUCCAACAAUAUAUGAUGUAAAAUAUUUAAUGAAAUCUUGCAAAAAUUUGAAAGGGGGCCUACAAGAGGUAGCAGAACAAUUGGAAAUUCAAAGAGUUGGGCCACAACAUCAAGCUGGAUCGGAUUCGUUACUUACCGGAAUGGUUUUCUUUAAAAUGCGAGAGAUGUUUUUCGAGGAUAACAUUGAUGAUGCAAAAUAUUGUGGUCAUUUGUAUGGUUUGGGAACAUCAUUCGUUGUAAAUGGUUCAGGAGGAUAUCUAGACAGUAAUGGAGAUAAUUCUUCGUCUUCGUAAUGUUAAAAGCUAUCACAUCUCAGUCGGAACAGAUUAUUUCAUUACAAAUAAAAUGUUAUAAAUAAUGUUUCACUUAAUGAUCAAGCGUAUAGUUCAUAUUCACAAUAUUACAUUCAAAUCACUGCUGUAGAUUAUAAAAUAUCACUAAUUGAAAAUGAAACUAUAGGAAGAUUUUUUCAUA